GCUGUGCAUCUGUCCAUCUCAUUCUCUCCAAGAUAGGCAGACCUCCUGAGCAGUCUUCACAAUGUCACUGAGAUCCAGCAGUUAUUCCUUUAGAAGUAGUGGUGGAGGUGGAGGCUUUAGUGGAGGCUCAAGUGGAGGCUUUGGUGGAGGCUUAGGUGGAGGCUUAGGUGGAGGCAUGGCACGAAGGUCAUAUGCUACAAGUGUGCAUGGUGGUGCAGGUGGCAAAGGAGCAAAAAUCUCCAUAUCCUCCGGCGGGGGAAGCUUGUUUAGCAGUUAUGGCGGCGGUGGAGGUGGAGGUGGAGGUGGCGGUUAUGGCAGUUAUGGCGGUGGUGGAGGUAACAGUUAUAGUUUUGGCAUGGGAGGCGGUGGAGGCUUCGGUGGAGGUGAUAACAUGGAUGUUGGAACCAAUGAGAAGGCCACCAUGCAAAACCUGAACGACCGUCUGGCCUCCUACCUGGACAAGGUGCGCAGCCUUGAGAAGGCCAACGGUGAGCUGGAGCUCAAGAUCCGCCAGUUCUUGGAGAAUAAGACCUCCCCCACUGCCCGUGACUACUCAGCUUUCGAGGCCACCAUUGCUGACCUGCAGGGAAAGAUCCAGAACGCCACCUGUGACAACGGAAGCAUCUAUCUGUCCAUUGACAAUGCAAAACUGGCAGCAGAUGACUUCAGAACCAAGUUUGAGAAUGAGCUAGCCAUGCGUCAAUCAGUGGAGGCAGAUAUCGCCGGUCUAAAGAGACUGUUGGAUGAGCUGACGCUGGCCAGAUCAGACCUGGAGAUGCAGAUAGAAGGCCUCAGGGAGGAGCUGAUCUUCCUCAAAAAGAACCACGAGGAGGAAUUGGCAGCCAUGAGGAACCAGAUGAGUGGACAGAUCAACGUGGAGGUGGACGCAAAACCACAGGUAGACCUGGCCAGCAUUAUGGCUGAGAUCCGUGAGCAGUAUGAGAGUGUGGCCGCCAAGAACCAGAGAGAACUUCAAAGCUGGUUCCAAUCAAAGUCAGAGGAGCUGAACAAGGAGGUGGCAGUCAGCACAGAGGUUCUCCAGUCGUCCAAGUCAGAAAUCUCAGAGAUCCGUCGCACACUGCAGGGCCUGCAGAUUGAGCUACAGUCACAACUUAGCAUGAAAGCGUCCCUGGAAGGCACUUUAGCUGACACAGAGACACGAUAUUCCAUGCAGCUCCAAGGCCUCCAGAUGCAGGUGACAAGCCUGGAGGAACAACUGGUGCAUCUGCGUGGUGACAUGGAACGCCAGGGCCAAGAGUACAACAUGCUGCUCGACAUCAAGGCACGGCUGGAGAUGGAGAUUGCAGAAUACAAGAGGCUGAUGGACGGAGAGGGCAGUUUCAGCGGUUCAAGUGGCAAGACAAAGACCUCCCAUUCCAAGGUGAUAGUGGUCACAGAGGAACUGAAGGACGGCCAUCUGGUGUCCUCCACCACCACCACCAAAUAAUCUGUCAAACGCAACACAAGGGGAAAAACCUGAGGACCACAAGCACAACAUUUGAACCUAACACUACCUUCACAUUCACAAGUGAAUGCAAUAAAAGGCUACCAGUUUGCUGACUAUCA